UUGAAAACUCCGUCGUACGAGAAAAUUAGGGGGAAAAUCGAAGUGUGCGUGCAAUCAAAAAGUGAAGCGAAAAUGUGCAUUGAUAGCACACGGAUGUGAAGUGAAUUAGUGUGUUAUUUGUGAUGGGGUUUAUGUGGGGUUGAUAGAUGGUGUUGAUAAUGAAGUGGGAAGGGCUUAAUGGGGAUUUGAUGAAGGGUUUUCUGUGUUUGUGAUAAUGGUUUUGUCAUGGUGUGCGUAAUGGAAUGCGUGCUGGAUUGAAACUCGAAACUCGCCGGAGGUAUGGUGUAACGCUCUUGUGACUCUUUUAGAAGAUGACCAGAGUAUCUUCUGCGGCGAACAAUGGCUCCGGAUGCGGAGGACUGCGAACAGGUGGAGCGGCUAAAUGGAGACUAUCAAGAGGUACCAGUUCAUCAGGGAAGACGGAUCCUGCCAGAAGAGCCGCCACCAGCGCAGGCCUGGGCCGAAAACGAGGAGUUGGGACUCGGGAACGAUAGCAGAACCAACAGCCCCGGGGAGAACCGACGACUCCUCGGAAGCAAACCCCUUCAGAAAUCCUCGUGCCGUCUUCAAGCUGGUCUCACUUUAGGAGUUUUGGUUGUCAAGAAACCAAAAUGUACGUCAGUCAAGUCCGGAUUAAAAACGCAAGCGAAAACGAAAUUCCAAAAGAGGAAAGAAAAGCUGAAAGACGUUUUAAGGCCUCCCUACUUCAUCAUUACCAUGCUGUUUCUCAAUGUGAUGGUUCACCUGUGCGCUCCAGAGGAAUGGCGCGCCAAGCUGGAGUGGGCGCCGGGCGCGUGGUGGAAGGAGCCCUGGAGGCUGCUCACGUACGGCCUCGUGCACAUGGGCACCACCCAUCUGGCGCUCAACGCACUCAUGGCACUGGCUGUUGGCUGGCGUCUCGAGUGCGAGCAAGGCUGGUUGCGCGUGGCCACGAUCUGGCUGGGAGGAGUGGCGGCAGGAGCGCUGGGGGCCGGAGCCCUGCAGCCGCAGGUGCGCGUGGUGGGAGCCUCCGCCGCUGUCUAUGCUUUAUUGACUGCGCAUCUGCCUAACGUGUGCCUUAGAUUCGGCCACAUCCCCCUUUGGUGGUUUCGGCCUCUGAGUGUGGUGGUGUUGGGCGUCUCCGAAGGCUGCUGGGCGCUGCUGCGCGUGCCUGGGCCGAAGGUGUCGUACAACCACGUGGCGUGGGCCGCGCAUGCGCUGGGCGCCGCCGUCGGAGUUCCCCUGGCUUUCCUCGUAUUUACAGGAGAGAAUUCGCCCAAACGAAGUAUAACAGUGUGUAGACUAUCAUCGAUCCUUCUGCUCGCAUCAGGCUUGUGCGCUUCUGUCGUUCAUUACGUGUACUGGUACAAGAUCGACCCAUGGACUUGACGAGAGAGGGGGUGAAGUUUAGGAUCCAUUGAUUUUGACUCCCUUCGUGAGAGUAAGGAGACCACCAAGGGAGGCUCGAUUACUUUCGACGUAGCUACAAAAAUAGCUCGAAGAAUCGGUGCCUUGCAAUUAAGGCCGUGAGAAUUAUUGUAAUCCGUUCCGAAUUGAAUUCGAAUGCGAUGUAAUUCCAAAAAGCUAGUUUCGAAAAACCAAAUAUGUAAGAAUAAGGAAAACUAAGUAACCUAACCGGGUGUCUUAAGUAGUUACCAAUAAAAUGAAUUCGAAAACAAGACUGCCAAUAUUAUGAUCCACGCAACAGAGAAAGGAUUUCAAAUACGGAAAAUAAAAUCUAGAGAACUGUAAGUGAUUAUUUGGGUGUUUUGUGAGAACAUGAAAAAAGUUUGAACCAAAAUGAUUGUGAUGAUCAAAUCUGAGCUUAAACUUAAUUAAUUAAUGUGAAGUAAAAACAACGAUAUGCACAAAAGUCUUCCAGAAAAUGUAAUGAAAUUGAAAUACUCUAAACAUUAUAUUAACGGACUUGUACUUAAACAUUUUAGUACUGUGCUUUUUACUGAUGUCAAACUAACCAAAGUGAUUUUAAUAGAUUUAAGGAUAAUUUUAUUUUAAUUACUUAAUGUUGUACAAGUUUGUGAUAUAAAUAUCAUUUAUAGUUCUUAAUCCAUGGGUAAUUUUACUGCAAAAAUAUUGUUCAUUAAAUAUUUUGUGAAAAUAUCUCAUAAAAACAUUAAGGCCAGUGUGUGCCAGAUUAUAAUUUCGGUACCUACUUAGUGAUUCUUAUGCAUAUUAUAAUUAUCUGCCGUGCUUUUUAAUUUUACUUUUUUUCUAAUUUCUAUGAAAUUAUUAGGUAAGUUUCAGUCGUUUUGUAUCAAAACAUUUUAAAUUGUUAUGGUUAACUAACUAAGUACACUAUGUGAUAAUAAUCAUUUUUCCCUACAUGUCUAUUUUAUGAAAGAAUUUCGAGGAAUUGCUGAUGUCGGAGCUAGGUAGAUAUUUGAUGCAUACGUGAGGUAAUCAAGUAGGUAACAAAAAUUUAAAAUGUAAUUUUUAAUUCUGUACUUAUCUGAAUAAAAAAUAUGUUCGUACCUAGUUGUGAUAAUAAUGUAAAACUGCAACCACGGACAACCAAAGAGAUUCAUAAUCUAGUCCAAUUUUAUGAUGUUUUUGAAAUUGUUAAGUUUCUUUAACUAAACAGUGUAUUAUAAGUAGAAUGAUAAAUUAAAUUUUGUAUUGCAUAUCAAUAAUUGUUUACUGUUUUAAAUAACAUGUAUAUUCCGUAGGAGUUAACGAAGCUUUUAUAUCAGCUGUAUACAGUCUUUAAUGUUACCCAUUGUCAUUUAGGGAUUCAAAUGAUACCUUCUGAAGUGUUCGUAGUCUAAGGAUAUACUUACUUACUUAAUUAAAAUUACCUUGUUCCAAAAUUUUACAAUGUUCAAUUUACGUUGAAGUUCUGAUGUUGAAACCUUUCACUUUUAUAUAAAUACCUAUUCUUUAUAAAGUUCGUAUGUUGGCAACAUUAUUGUGAUAUGUUGUUAAUAAAAGUCAUUUUUGUAC